AUGGCUAAUUUUCAAGAGUUCCUUAGUAGCUUAGGCUAAAUCAAAUAGAUGGAGAUUCCUUUUUACUAUAGGAAUUAGUUUAAGAUCAAGGAAAACUUCAUAAAUCCUAAUAGCAAACAUUUCGACCAAAUUGCUUAAAAACUCUUAUCGGAAGAUAAUAAAGGGUUGAAAAGGAAGUGGGAUAAGCAAUGUAAGAUGUUAUUUAUUUGGGUUAUUGUGAAAUACUUUUAAGUUAGAAAUAAAAAAAACAUCAAUCCAAAUUCAGAUGAGUGGUUAGAAUUAUCGGGAAUAUUCAAUUUUGAUGAGGUGACUCUGAAACAACGAUGGAUUACUCUGAUAAACCCUAUGGCUAAAAGUUUGAAUUGGGAAUCAGAAGAAGAUGAUAUAAUAAGAUCAUUGAUGAUAUAAUAAGAGGAAAAACACAUCUGGACCUAAAUUGCCUUAGAGCUUUAUAAUCAUAACAAUGGACUGUAUGUUAGAACACCAAAACAAGUCAGAGAAAGAUGGAUGAAUUAUUUAAAUCCUAAAUUAAAUAAAUCUAGUUGGACUGAUUAAGAAGACCAUUAAUUGUUGUAAUUAGUAGUGAAUAACGGCAAGAGAUGGUCCUUGAUUUCCUCAUUAUUGUAAGGGAGAACUGAAAAUUAAGUGAAGAAUAGAUAUAAGAGUCUAAUUCAUAAGAUUUUCAAAGAAGAAGAUGAUGAUGAAAUUGAAGAAAUAUAAGCCAUUAGAUAAUAUUUAGCUAAAUAAACUUCUACUGCAAUUAACUAAGAGAACAAUCCAUCAGAUUCAGUAAAAAAUGAAACCAAAAUAAAAUGUGAAGAGUCUUAAUCUAAGAGUAUUAAUAUAUAAAAACCAAAAAAAAAAUAAUAACUCAAAAAUCAAGAUGAAUAGGAAUUGUAGAUCUAAAUCAAAAAGAAAAAAGUUAAGGUUAUUGAGAAUCUCUAUGUAAAAUAAGAAAUCGAUAAAAAAAUAUCACCUAAAUUACUCAAUCAGUAAUUUUGUCUAUCUACAAAUGGAAAUUGUGAUACUCAAAGCUAAGAGAAUAGAAAAGGUAUAUCUAGUUCUCAUUCCUAAGGAUCAAUAUAAAAUUAAGAAUUUGAAUGCCAAUCUUAACAAUUCAUCUAAUCCUAAUCUAAAUGCUAACUUUAAUCCCCUUCCUACAUUGGAUAAACUCAAACGAAAGAUACAAUACCUUAAUACACUGGAUUCAGGCCUUACAUGAAUGAUGCUUGUAAUGAUCUAUUCUAAUAAACACCUUGUUAAAUUAAUAGACUAGGAUUUGGUCUCAAAUAACAUACAUAUCCAUUCUAAUAGUUAUCACCAUUUCAAUAAUAGAUUUAAUAAACACCAAUCGUAUACACUCCACUAUACUUGUACAAUUCCCAAUUCAUUGCGUAAUCUCCAUACAAGAGUCCAAUUUUAUCACCACAUAUAUGGAUAUUGAGAUUCAGAAUGAAUAGUUAAAGUAGGAAUAAUUUGUAAAUAUUUAUGUGCUUAUCGAUUUAGAAUAAUAAGUUAGAGUUUCUUUAAGGCUAAGACUUGGUUUCUAAAUGGAAGAAUAAAAGAGUGUAGGAGAAAUAGAAUUAGUCAGAGUUAAAUAAGAUUAUAGAUCAAUGA